AUGAUCUCGACCAACUCGUCUUCGUCCACAGCCGAGCUCCCGCCGCUGCCCUCUUUUUUUCUUGCGCCGAUACCCGACCUCGUCCCUGGGAUUCCCGAUGCCUACCUUUUCCCCAUUCUUCCCAUCGCCAUUUACUGGAUUGUCUCCAUGGUCUUUCAUGUCAUCGAUGUGUAUGACAUUUGGCCCCAAUACCGCCUGCAUACGCCAGAGGAGAUCACGAAGCGAAAUCAUGUAUCCCGUUACGAAGUUGCUCGCGACGUCGUCAUCCAACAGAUUAUUCAGAUUGCUAUGUCUCUCUUCCUCGACGCAACCGAGGAGAGACAGAUGAUUGGCAAGGAGGACUACGAUGUUGCCGUCUGGGCUACGAGAAUACGCGUUGCUCAACGUGCCCUUCCAGCCGUCCUCGGGUUGCUGGGUCUCAAUGCAGCCGCUAUUUCCAAGAACAUGGCCGCCUCCCAUCCACUCAUUGCAGGCGCACUAGCCGGCGGGCACUAUCCGUUUCUUACCACGACCUCUCUACAUGGAUCGAGUCCUGUUCCUGUCUUCGCUCCCUGGGAGAUGCGGAUGGCAAAAACCAUCCACUGGGUACUGGUGCCAGGACUUCAGCUUUUUGCGGCAACCGCGAUUUUGGAUACAUGGCAAUAUUUCCUCCACCGUUUGAUGCAUGUCAACAAGUGGUUGUACACCACUUUCCACUCUCGACAUCAUCGACUUUACGUGCCAUACGCAUACGGGGCUCUUUACAACCAUCCCGUUGAGGGUUUCCUCCUCGAUACCUUGGGAGCAGGGCUCGCGUACAAGGCAACUGGAAUGACCCAGAGACUCGGGGUUUUGUUCUUUUGUCUGUCCACUGUCAAGACUGUGGAUGACCACUGCGGAUAUUCUCUUCCUUGGGACCCCCUUCAACACUUGACGAGCAACAAUGCCGCUUACCACGACAUUCACCACCAAACCUGGGGGAUCAAAACGAACUUUUCUCAGCCUUUUUUUACUUUCUGGGACAAGGUCUUGAAUACUAGGUACCGGGGCCGCAGGGCAGACACCCUCAAGGAGAAGAGAAGGGCUGUCACAACCAAAUCGGAGUAG